AGCGAAUAAGCAUCGAUUUUUGGUUCAGCUCUAACUCAACUUGCUGCUGCAAACGCGUUUUUUUUUGUUGUAAAAAUCUAAAAUACAAGAAUUAGAAUUAGUUAACUUGCUCCUAGUGUUUAACCAAACCAAGUUUAGUUAGCUUUACGGUUAGUUUCCCGUGGCGAGGACGACUGGAAAUAGAGUAGCAGCAAUUGCAAAUAAUUACCAUUACCUCUCGGCCGCAAAGCAAAAAAAACGGAGAAGAGAACAAGAGGCGUGUGAGCGUGACGACGGGCGAGCGAGAGAGCAGAACCAAAUCGAACAGGACGGCACAGGAUCGAAUCGAAACUGAAGGCAGGAAAACGUGAAAAUCGAAGAGGCUUCGAAAACUAUAACCCAAAUCUCAAUCCGACUGGCGAGGGAGCAAAUGUCAAAUUGCGGCGCAUAAAUACAUAAAUUUAAGCCCCCUGCACAAGUCAGGCUCAUCCAAAAUUACACACACACAAAAGCAGUAGUUGUCGCAACAGGAAAAAAGGAUUUAACACGAUGUACGCCGGAGCAUAUGCACCCAACGCCGGCGGCGUUCAGCAGCACACGGGCGGCGGUUACUAUGGUAAUGGUGCCGCUGCAGGCGCUGGAGGCGGCGGUAAUGGUGCCCCACGCCACGAGCGUCCCUUCUAUCCGCGAAACAAUUUUGCCGGCGCCGCCGGAGGAGCGUCCAUUAAUGGAGCAGCCGGUGCCGCUGGGAGCAUGCACUUUGGCCAGCCGUACGGCGUUAUGACCUACGGCAUCCAGAAUGGACUGGGCAUGGGCGCCGCCGGUGCCGGUGGCGGUAAUCCGUAUCGCCAGCAAAACGGAGUGGCCUUCGCCGGAAAUGGCCUUGGCGGAGGAGCUGGAGCUGGCUCCGGAGGAGCUGGAGGCAACGGCGGUGGCUAUGGCGGACCUCGUGGCAAGAAUCCCAACUACGCACAGCGCUACCAGAAGCCGCAUAGCGGCGCCGGAGGAGCCGGUGGCUACCAGAGCAAUAACUACAAUGCUGCCGCCUUAGGCAUGUUGUCCAAGGAGGAGCGCGCCGAGAUUCAACGCGAAAAGGCCAAAAAUCCUGGGCGCAAUCUGGUCAAGCCGAAGUGGGAGAACCUGGAGCCAUUCCACAAGGACUUCUACAACAUCCAUCCGAAUACCCUGGCCAAGUCCGAGCAGCAGGUUGCCGAUAUACGUCGCGAACUGGAGAUUACCGUGUCGGGCAACGAAUUGCCCCAUCCCGUGGUCAGUUUCGAGGAGAGCUCGCUGCCCGCCCACGUUAUUGAAGAGAUGAAGCGCCAGGGAUUCACCAAGCCCACAGCCAUCCAGUCGCAGGGCUGGCCCAUAGCCCUAAGUGGCCGCGAUUUGGUGGGCAUUGCCCAAACCGGCUCCGGCAAGACGCUGGCCUACAUGCUGCCAGCCAUCGUUCACAUUGGCAACCAGCCGCCAAUACUGCGCGGCGAGGGGCCCAUCGCCCUGGUGCUGGCCCCCACCCGGGAGCUGGCCCAGCAGAUCCAGUCGGUCGUGCGGGACUACGGGCACCUGUGCAAGCCCGAGAUUCGUCACACUUGCAUCUUUGGAGGCUCGUCGAAGGUGCCGCAGGCACGCGAUCUGGACCGCGGCGUGGAGGUGAUCAUCGCCACACCCGGACGCCUUAUUGAUUUCCUCGAGAAUCGGAACACGAACUUGCAGAGAUGCACCUACCUGGUGCUGGACGAGGCAGACCGCAUGCUGGACAUGGGCUUCGAACCGCAGAUCCGCAAGAUCAUCGAACAGAUUCGUCCCGACCGCCAGGUGGUCAUGUGGUCCGCCACCUGGCCCAAGGAGGUGCAGGCUCUUGCCGGCGACUUCCUAAACGAUUACAUCCAAAUUAACAUUGGCUCGAUGAGCCUGUCGGCAAACCACAACAUCCGUCAGAUCGUCGAGAUCUGCACCGAGAUGGAGAAGCCGCAGCGCAUGGUGCGCCUGCUCAAGGAGAUCACACCGACUAACAAUUCGGCCAACAACGGGAACAAGAUCAUCAUAUUUGUAGAGACCAAGAUCAAGGUGGAGGACAUCUUACAGAUCAUCCGAACCGAGGGCUACACCGCCACCUCAAUUCACGGCGACAAGACCCAGAAUGAGCGUGAUUCGGUGCUGAAGGAUUUCCGUAAUGGCAAGUCCAACAUUCUGAUCGCCACCGAUGUGGCCUCGCGCGGCCUUGAUGUGGAGGAUCUCCAGUACGUGAUUAACUAUGAUUACCCGAACUCUUCGGAGAACUAUGUGCACCGCAUCGGACGCACUGGACGCUGCCAGCAGCUGGGCACUGCCUACACCUUCUUCACGCCCGACAACGCCAAGCAGGCGCGUGAGCUGAUCUCGGUGCUGGAGGAGGCCGGCCAGACGCCCUCGCAGGCUCUGUUGGAUCUGGCUCGAUCGAUGCCUAGCUCGGGCGGCUAUCGCGGCAACAAGCGCUGGAACAACAAUGGUGGCGGGGAUCGCAACACUGGCGGUCACAACGGCGUCUACCAGCAGCGCAACAGCAACCCGCUGAACUACCAGGCUGGCAACAGUUACAACAACAAUCGUGGCGGCCCACCCACUGGCGGUGGCUACCAGCAGUAUGCCGCUGGCGGCAAUAGCUAUCAGCAGAAUGGAGCCGGCGCUGGUGGCGGCGGCGGCAACUGGAACCGCAUGAACCAAAUGGGACAGGAUGGCGGCCAGCAGCAGCGGAACGGGAACACCUAUCGCCCGCGGGCUCCGUUCAACAAUGGCGGUCCGCGUGCCAUAAUGGGCCACCAGGGCGGCGGCGGCGCUGCAGGCGGUGUCGGCGGAGCAGCCGGCGUAGGCGGUGGACCCCAGCCGCAUAUGGCACCACAGCAAGGCGGUCAGUAUAUGCCGCAGGCGUACCGUGGCCGCGGACAGUUUGUGCCGCAGGGAGCCGGAGCCGGUGGGAUGCCACCACGCUUCCAGCAGUAUCCGAAGCGGGAGUACCAGCAGCAGGGAGUGCCCCACUACGGUCAGCAGGCGGUGCAGCAUCAGCAACAGCAGCAGCAGCAGGUGCCGCAGGCUGGCCAGCAGCCCAAGCCGCUCAAGGAUGAUGGCAACAAGUAUGCUCCACCGCCGCCGCCGGCUGUGGUGACCACCUCGCUGGUGCAUUACACGCCGGCCAAUUCGCCACCGAUUGCGGCCGUUGCUGCUGCCGCUGCAGCAGCCGCCGGACGGGCAGCCGCCGUGGCGCCGGCCCCCGGAGCCGCCUACAUGUACGAUGCGGCCGGAGUGCUGACCACGGCCGCGGCGCCGGGCACCAAUCCGUAUGCCAAUCAGUUCAGCAUGCCGGCCACCUACUAUGCCGCCCAGCAUCACCAGUUCGCACCAGCCGUGGCAGGACCCGGGCCAGGACCAGGACAGGCCAUCGAGCAGACAGGACAUCAAUAAGAGGCAGGAGAGUGGAACGUGGAGAGCUACAACAACAGCAGCUUCAGCAACAUGAAUAACAACAACACCAACGACAUGGACAAACAAUCAACCAACGACAGUCAUAAAAUCCAAAUGCAUAUGAGAAAUGAUAGAAAGAAAGAAAGGAUAUAAUUUGCGAACUCACAAGAGCGCAGUUGCUCUUUAAAUUUAAAGCGAAAAAGUUACCAAUUUGUUUGUUUUUUUUUUCUUCUCCCCACAACUAUUAUUAGUAUUUUUGUGUUCUCUCUCGCUUAUUCAAGCAUUCGCGGUUUGUAUUUGCGAUACAAUUUGACCUCUAAACAACACCCCCCGACCUUUCAUUCGUUACUGUUCUUUGGGCAAACAGCCGCAAACAUCAAAAACCAGGGCCUUCGCAUGGAUCAUCGCCCCCAAAAAUUCCCCUUUAUGUUUUCCAAGUAAGGUAAAACGAAACAAAAAACGAGAAAACCUCGAAACUGAAAAUUUGAAGUAGUUUUUAAGCUUUUCUCCACACACACUGACAGUUGCAUGUUCUUCGAAUGUUUAAAAAGAAUUAAGUAGGGUUAUUAUUAUUUCUUUUCCGCCAAGCAAAAUCAAGCGAAACUUAAAACUAGAGACAAACAGACACUGUUAGUUAAGUGAUAUAUAUAUUAUUAUUCAUGUGUAUUUAUCCGUACACGAAGCUAAGAACACAAAAAAACAGAAAACACGAGCACGCAACCAAAAAACAUUUGAAUUCAAAAAUUUGUUAAAUCGAAAGAAGAAGGGAUCGAGAAAACCCUUUUCACUAACUUGGUUGGUAUGAAAUUAACGGUUUGCUUAUAAUAACACACAUUGAAAUACAUGUUUAAUUAUUUUAUAUACAUAUAUCCGAGCGAAAUUUGCAACAAACAAUUACAACAAAAGGAAAACUGACAAAAUUCUAUACAAAUUCCAUUUAAGAAAACGCAGCUAAUGGUUGAGAUAUAUAUAUUUUGGCCAAAUCCAAAAUAGUAGUAAAGGGAAUGGGCAGCGCUGCUUUGGUAGGAAGUAUGUAAAAGAAAAAACUAACAAAAUACAGUUGAUAAUAGUAUAAAAAAAACAAUCGAAGCAAUGGGAGAACACUCACACAGCCACAUAGAACCCACACAAGCACACGUACACACAACCACACACCACGAACACAACAAGGACACGCAAAUUUACAAUUAUCAUUUAAUUUCCCAUUUUAAUACAUAUAUGUGUGUAUUCUAUAUGGAUAUGAUUUUUAAUGGAGAUUAGAACAAAAAUCAUUUUGUUUAAGACACUUUAUAGAAUUCGAUAAUAAUAUCCCCCUAACACAGCAUUCGCAUAAAUUAACGUGGUUUUUUCAAAAGUUCUAUGCAAAUACUUGAAAAAAAGGAAAUUACAAUUACAUUUUCAAUUAUUCAAAGACCAAAGAACAGAAGCAGUUGAAAAGAAAAGAAACAAAAGCGAAGAAAAAAGAAAAGACGCCACAUUCAUCCAUAAAAACAAGUAAAGCGAACACGAAACAAGAGGAUUAGGAGGAAGAACACAAAGCAAGGGUAGAAGAUCGAAUAAUGCCAAGCAAUGCCACACGAAAAUAAUGAUAAUAAUAAUACAGCAAACAUAAUGCAUACUUCUGACUAUUCCAAAAAGCUCUUUUCCGUUUCCCCAUGUGUUUAAUUUUUGAUUUAUUUUUUUGUUUUUUUUAAUUGUCCUGAUUUGUCUCUUCCGAAUAUUUUUGGCCAGAGUUCAGUACGAGUAAAUAAGUAGUAGUAACAUUAAUUGGCAGCUCCAGUUAUAUAGUUAGCAGUAAAUAUCCAAAUAGCGUCUGUCCAACCAGUUGUCCAAGUUGUUGCAAGCAGUGCGUUGUCCUCCGCCAUGGGAAAGCAGUACAAAAAGCAUAAGAAUUUUGGGAAAACGUAACGGACACAAGGGAACUAUUCUACAGAGGAAAUGUGUGGGAACACAAAGCAAAUAGAUAAAAAUCAUGUAGAUUAUAUUAUAUAUAUUUGUUAGCCGAUCGGGGAGAGUGAAAGGAACAUUUCUAUUCAUAUUUUUUUAAAAUUAGUUUUCUACGUGUACGGUUUCUUUUUAGCAAAUAAAAAUCUGGGAAACAAGAGGGAAUAUUUAUAUAUGGUAUAUCGUCAACACAAGGAUCUCUUUUUAAAGCAAAAGGGCGAAGACUCGACUUUUAUAGAACUAUAAUUCUUAAAGAAAAAAGUCAAUUUUUAGUUCAUUUCAUAUUUGGGUUUUUAUUUGGGGAUUUUAGUUUUGUCAUACAUUUUGAAAAUCAUUUGAGACGACGGGAAUGGGGGAACUACAACUAAAUAAUAUUAUUUUUUGUAUGUACUCUAGGCGUAUACGCAAAGUUACCAAGUGAAUUAAAGGUUUUAUUUUAAUAGUUUCCUACUUCUUAAUUAUGAUUUCGAUGCAACCGAAUUGUGAUGAUGUGAUAGACUUAUAUAAACAAACGAAAAUACAAAAAUACUAAUUAAUAACCAAUUUAAAUGAAGUAAACGCUGGGCCCCCAAAAAGGCCAGGCCAAAAAACUGAAAACUGAAACUGAAGCAGAGGCAGCUGAAACUGAAGCUGAAUAUGAAUCGAAAUCAGUAUCUGAAUCAGAAGAGGAAUAUGAAUAUAUGUUAUGUAUUUGUAUUAUUGUCGUUGUCGUUGUCGCUUAUAGACAAUGUCUGAUGGCUACUAUAUAAUGUAUUAUGGAUGACUUGAGGCAUACAUUCUUUUUUUGAAGAAAUAAAACUAUAGAGCGCGAUAUUUGUAUUGAAUUUAUCUAUAAGUUGUUGUGUACACACUGCGAAAAACAAACAAACCAAACAACAAACUAAAAAAAAAAAAAAGCAAAAAAAAACACGGAAACACACAAAACCAAAACAAAACGAAAAAAACGAGAAAAAAAGAGCAAAAGAAGUUGAAACUGAUAAAAUUUAAGAGUAACUGAAACCGAAGUCCCGAUAAAAUUAAGGGGAAGCGGCGAAUUUGUUGUCCCCUUUGAAUUUUUGAGGCACGUCCUUCGUUUAAGUCCUGAUCGAUCGCUCUAUAUCUGUCUCUCUCUCUAUCUCUCAGUCCCCUCACCCCUAUACGAUAUAUUUCUCGCUCGCAGUCUCUUAAAAACGAUAGAUUUAAAACGAUAGAAAUUCGCAUAUACAUAUAUUUUUGAAAGUAUAGAAUUGCAACUUUUGAAAAAAUGCAACCAAAAAUAAAGACGAAAGACUAAAGCCAAAAACAAAAUGAAUUCAAUUGUUUGAAGCAAGAACAAGAAAGUAACGGAGAAAAAGCAACGAAGUGCCGUUAUUUCGAUAGUUUGUAUAGCUGUUUUUUUUUCUGUUUCGUUUACUUAGAAAACUAAAAUCUUUUACACACACCCACACACACACAUACGCGUUUUUGAUUUAGUUUUUGUUUUUGCGUUUGUUUUACUUUCUUUUUUGUUUUUCGUUUUAAGCUUUUCGUUGGUUAUCCAAAAUAUAUAUAUAUGUGUAUGUAUGGGCAUACAUAUGUAUCUAUGUCGUAGGCGAUAAAGUUAAUGCAUUUACCGUUACAGUGCGACGCGCACAAGUGCCAAAAAUGCAGCAAAAGAAAUACCCGCACACACCCACGCACUCUCACACACAGACAACAAACAUACACACAGAGACACAUCGAAACUCACAAAUUUCUUAUAGAUGAUACAAACACAAACGAACAUAUUACAUAUUUACAGUGGGCAAAAAAAAGUUUAAAGUGGACUUUAAAGUGUUCGUAUUGCUCACUGCAUGUACAAGACCUACAAAAAAACAAGCUUACUUUUAAGCGCCAAAGUUAGGGGCGGCUUUUGAGGGUUCUAAAACCAAUAAACACCAGACUUGUUGGGCAUAAACAUUUAGUAGCAGCAGCCAGAUCGUAAGUUAUAAGCUAAAUUUGCCAUCGGCAGAAGACGGAACUAACUUAAAGAUAAUAAAAAAAAGUUUAAACCAAAACCCAUUGUGAUAACAGCUGCGUAAACGAAACACGUUAGAACUUUACUUGUAUUUCGAUUGCAAUUCGAUAAAACGGGGAUCCCCCACUAAGUCCUAAAUAAUACAAAUUCAAUCAAAAGCAAGCAAGCCAACAAUUUAUCCAAACUAGUUUUUAAACGAAUACAGAACUCACCCAGCCGCACAUACACACGUAUUUUAUUGAUUUAAAAAAAGGAGAACAACUUUUCUUGAUUUUCAAUUGUUGUGUUGAUCAAUGCAAAUUUUAGCGAAAAGAAGAAAACCAGAAAACUCAAAUGCAAAUUCUUAGCCAUUUCGAAGGAGCGUGCAUUUAGAACAUUACAUCAAAUAUAUACACUUGCAUAUAUUCAAAGCAAACCAUUUGAAUAAAUUCUAAAUAUUACUAUAGAUCACUUACACAAUAUGCAACUGAGGAAUCAGACGAUAUAUAUGCAUACAAGAUAAUGCUAAUUAAUAAACGAGAAGCCAAGCAAACACGUUUGAAUGAAUGUUUGCAGCUUAAGCUAAGUUAGCACACAAAAUAUUAUAUUAAUUAUAACAGAACAAUAUAGGUAUGCAAUAUAAUGCAUAUAUUUAUAAUGCACCGCCUCCACUUCUUCCGUCGAAAAAACAAAAGAAAUCGGGACGGAAUAUGGUGAAAACUAACGGAGAAAUCUAAAUUGUAAUCAAUUUACCUAUCUUAUACUAGGUUAUACGAACCCAUAAGCAUACCCUGUCCCCAUCUAGAAAUCGGACAACCAAGCUCCCACUCCCAUUGCCCAAAACCCCAAAAUGUUAAACACGAAAACCUAAAAAAAAACGCAUAAUUAUGAAAUAUGUAACGGAAAUCCUUACAAAAAGCGGAAUAGAUAUCUUCUAUGUAAUAAAUAAACGCCAACAAAAAAUCACUUUUAAAUUAAAA